GGGACGAGAACGGUGAAACCCAGAACAACAAUUACUAGACUGGCGCAGCGCAAUCAUGGCUAGUCUACAAGGGAAAUGGACUUUCAAGAGUUUUGAGAAUAUGGAAGCUUUCCUGAACGCCAUUGACGUGCCGGAGGAUGUAAAGCAAAAGGCCAUGGUUCUGAAACCAGAUGUGGCGAUCUCUCAGAACGGUGACACGUGGACCUUCACCACCACAUUAGGGGACAAGUCCACGGAUACCGUCUUCAAACUUGAUCAAGAGUUCGAUCAUCAGAAUCUUAUGGGCAAAAUUAUAAAGAGUAAAAUAUCCCUCGAGGGUGACAAGCUAGUAGAGACGCAGAGUGGCGAAGGAGAAACCAUAACAGUCACACGAGAGGUGGUAGGAGAUGAGAUGUUGUCGACACUGUCAGCAAAGGGUGUUACUACCGUUGUGCGUUUCCAAAGGGCUUGAGUUUCCGGUACACGUGCAGUAGACAGAAAACUUGGGAUGAAAGUGUAGUCGUUUCAAACAUACAGCUUACUUUUCGCCAUGCUUGAGAUGGUUAUCUAUACGUGUUUAUGAUGACUCUGCGCUCCGGAUAUUUAAACAGGGGGCACUGUUUCAUGAAGUGUACUUAGUGUUAAGUCGCCUUUAGCUCAGUGCACGUUAUAUCUCUACAGCAUACGUUGUCAUGGUGGUAAGGGCUUACUUAGCUAAGUGAGCUUCAUGAAACCGGCCUCUGGCUUUGUUGUAAGCUUCAGAUAUAAAUUUGAACCACAUGGAUACUCUUUGGCACCCUAACCAUAAUCACAUUUUUUGCCCAGGUUCUUGAAAACGAUUGUGUUUACAGCGAUGUAAAAUAACAGUUGUUCGUACUUACUAGAGGUUACCAAACAUAGCCAUCCAGUGGUUUUCUAAUGAACAAGUGACCAGCGAAGAAGAUGAUGAGUGUAUUGUGACAAAUAAAUAUAGUCUUGCUGAUAUUGGUCUUAUUAUUGUCAUGCUUAUGAUAUUAUUGAGUAAAUGCCACAUUCAGUUCCAA